AUGACCAGCGCCCUCUCGCCCUCCAUGGUCAACGUUCAGGCGCCCUUUGCAGAUGCCGGUCAUCUCAAAGCCACUCGACUCAACUCCAAGUCUCGCACCUCCUCGCCCUCGCCUACAAAAAAGCAGCGACACUCGUCCUCGCCCAAGAAAACUACGAUGCUUUCCAAAGCACCGACCUCACUCAAGCGUACCUCGAGCACCGCUAGCAUCAUGGACACCAUCAUGAACUCGAGAGCCGCUAUCGACCACGAUGCAACCCCCGUCUACGAUCUCGGUCUGCCAUCCGAAAAUCUUGACGUCCCCCAACUCUCCCGUUCGUCGCCCUUUGCUUCAUCGUCCCAAACCACGCUUGCCGACCUCGAAAGCAGCGUCACCGCCAAGGUGCUGUCCACUCCUCGUCGCGGCAAGCGGGUUGGCAAUGUUGACAUGGGCUGGCAAUCGCCCUUGGCGGACCGCACUCCUACAGCUGCUUCUUUCGCGGCCGCCGCUGCUGCUCCCCACACGCUGCCCAAGCUGCAAGCACGCUUGUCUCGCCCUUCCACAAGCUCCACCCCCAACGCUUCGCCUACCAAGCGCAAAGCCUCGACUGCCUUUGCAUCCGAGCUUCGCACUUCGCAGCGCAGCCUCGUCGACACCGCCGGACGAGCCUCGGCUGCCAUGAUCAGCUCAGUGCCCCUCUUGGAGGAUCGCAUCAACAGCUCGCCUGGGUUUUCGCCCCGCUUUGUAUCCGAACCUGUCAUGACCGGACUCGCUUCAGCAGAGACACGUGACCCUUUCUCAGCUUUCAUCAACGACAGUUCUCCCGUCCUCGUCCAAUCCGCAAAGCUCGUUCCCAUCGAGGUGCAGGGCCUAGGCAGAGUGGCCGUUCAUCGCGAUCUUGCUCAACAGAUCUCGGACCACCCCCCGACUCCCACCCACUUUGCAACCAGGCGGUUUUCAAGUUUCUCAGAUCGCGAUGUCGCGUUCCUUCGAGGUUCCGACUCGGAAGACUCGGCAGCCAGAAGCGAAAACAGCUCGUCUACCCUCCCCACCUCGGCUGGCACACCUUCUCUGUCGGGCGUAUCUCCUAGCUUUUCCUUGUCAUCGCAAUUCCCCGCAUCAGAGCCUGCCUCGCCUGUCAAGAACAUGCCGUCCCAAUCGAAUCGCCACUCGGACGACAAUUGUCUCGAAGCUCAGAAAAAUUGGACGGCUCUCAUCCGAAUCGAUUCUGUCGACGACACCAAGCAACAUCAUGUCAAACACCAUCGCCCACAACUCGGCGGCAGCAGCGCCGCCAGUAGCCACACCCUCUCGAGUCUGCCCACGCUCGAUUGGCCCGACUGCCCAAGCGGACCCUGGUCCGCUGCUGGCCGCCACAUUGACCAACUCAAGCAGAAACGCCGCCAGGACCUCCAACGUUGGCUCCAAGCCGAAUCCAGCGACGAGGCCGAAGCUGAAUCCAAGGAACCUUCCAGCGCAGCCUACCGCCAUCACCCCAUGGUUGCCAAGGCAUUGCUCGACCGUGCUCGCAAGCAACGCCACGCUCAGCUCUCGGCCGUCGCCGUCGCCGUUGCCGUCGCCAGCAGCGCACGCACCCCUUCCAAGCGAGGAAGAAAGCCCAAACAGCUGCCGCCUGCCGCCGCCACGCCCGUCAGACGCCGUGGUCGCAAGCCCAAAGCGUCGUCGGCUUCAGUCGCUAGCUCAUCGCGCAAAUCGGUGGCGACCGGCGCUUCGUUGGCGCGAUCCAAUGCCAGCGCCACCUUGGGCUGCAAGUGUGGCAUCGACGACAACACGAUCGUCAUGGUGCAGUGCGACGGAUGCAGGCAAUGGCUUCAUCUGCCAUGCGUUGGCAUUAACACGGUCACCGAUCUGGAUGACGAGUGGUUCUGCGAUGAUUGCUGCGAAGCUGCACUUACUGAGCACUUGUCGCCCGCCUCGUCCAUGCCCAACUCGGUCUCUUCGUACGCCCACCUCAGCACGCCCGAAGCGCUCGAGGCGGUUCUCUCGGGUCAAGAACCUGUCUUCACCCUCCCCAGCGGUACUCCCAUCCACCGCCACGGUGUUGCCGUCUCGUCGUCAAUCGCCCUGGCUCCCAGUCCGCCUAUGUUGUCCGUCGGCCAUCAUGGUGCACGAGGCACUGUCAAGCGCCAAGGCCAGGGUCGUUCGCGCGCCGAACGUGUCGGUUGGAGGGCGUACGAGCCCGGAUCGCCACUGGCGCGCAAGAGCACCACCGCCUCUUCUGGUGUUCGACCGGUCGUGCCAGAAACUCCCUCCAGUUCGAGCCAAGCCACCGCCGACUUGACAGACGCCAGCACCACCCCUAGCCUGCUCGCUGGCUUCUCGCGAGCCGACUGGGAACCUACCCGCGCCACCCAGCGCUGCGAUCGCCCAACCACCCCACCUCGUAUGGUUGGGGUCAGCACGCCUAGCCGACACGCAUCGGGACGCAAGCCAAGUCACUCGGGCCCCCUCUCGCUCGGUCUCGGAGACGAUGACGGCGUGCACGCAGAUGUCUUUUCGACGCCAUCCCGAUUGGCAUCGGGCAGCUCGUGGGCAUACCGAGCAGGUGCGCAACCUUUGGGCAGCCAGACACCUUCGCGAUCCGGGCCGCGCCACCAGCGUGUCGACUCGUUCAGUGGUGGACUGCUCUCGACUCCUGGUCGCGAUUUCCUCUCGGGCGCAUUUGGCACCGAACCGUCCACGAGCAUGCCCAGCCUGGUCUACAGCAGUGGCUAUGUUGACAACUUUGAAGACCAUCUUGGCAGCGAAGCGUUCUACAGCGGCAGCAACAGCCGAGCCUGGCAACUGCAAUCGCCCACCUCGAGCACACGCGCCGUGCGUGCGCGUCAAGCAUCUGGCUUCGGCACGCCCUGGUCAAGCUCGCUCCUCAAGACGCCCGAAUUGCAGCCGCGGCAAGCCACCACCUCGUCGAUGCGUGGCAGAUUUGAUGGCGGCGACGACUUCCCACCGUCGUCUUCUCCGUUCCCGCGCACGCCGACUUUUGACAUGAGCAGCCCUCGCUUCAUGGGACAUGCCGGCUCGCACGCCUACGCCGCACACGAGCGUCAACCGAGUCACCUUGGUCUCGGUCUGCCGUCCACUAGCUCUUCAGCACGCCUACACAAGGCGCUCGGCGCUGACCUCAAGCCAAACACCAGAGACUCGCGCUCCUUUAGCUCGUCGAGCACCAAUACUAAGAAUCGUCAGGUUUCCACAGACGUUCCGAUGGGCUUGGGAAUCGGGUUGGAUCUCGAUGAUGUGCUCGACUGGUCUUAA